UUAAUCAAGAGUAUGCAAUAAAAUGUUUAUCACUAUUUGAUAAAACAGUACUUUCAUCCAGAUCUUUUACUGGACAUCGGAAAGAGCGAUGGCAGCAUAUAUCCUCUUAUUCCUUCCAUUUCUUGGAGCUUUGGCAGAAGUACAAAUCACAGUGUCGCCUUCUGUGACCCUUGGACGUGAUGAACUGGGCGUGGCUUGUCAGUAUAAUACGAGUGACACCGCCAUAACCGACGUGAACUCCAUCCAAAUGUACAGCAACGCUUCCGGUCUGCUCGGAUUAGAAGAUUCCAAAAUAGUCUCGAUAGUUUAUGAUCGCAGUUCAAAUGCAGGUCUAAUAUCUUGGCAACAUUCAGGAAUAGAAGGGAGGGCCAACGUUUCCGGCAAUGUGGACUCGCCUUCGUCGUCACUCCUUCAUUUACAUGUUCCCGCCUCCAAUGUUUUAUGCGAGGACGGCGUCACCUAUCGGUGUGAAUUUUCUGUGACGAGAUCAGGAUCCCCUCUAAUUCAACAUCGGGAUGCGACAAUAACCGUCCUAGAAGGACCAAAUGAAGUUUCUUUUUCACGAUUUUCAUCCAAACCAGAACUUUUUUCGAACGCCUCUCUAAGUAUAUACCCGGCCAAUACUACAGUAACUCUGACGUGCAAUUCAACGGUUGGAUCAACACCGGAACCUGUGCAACUCUGUUACCUUGAUGGUUCUGAGAACAGCACAGGAUAUGUUCCAUUCAACAUCUCCAGUAUCACCGACUCGGGAGUGAUGGCGUCCGGAGCAUGCAAUAACAGGCGCCUACUCUCUUUUGAAUAUCAUUUGGAAACAAAUGACAGCGCCACCUUCCUCUGUAUGGUUGGUGGGAAUGGAACGUGUGUGGAUGGUCUUCUCGAGGAAACAUACACAAUACGAUCAGAAUCUGGCGAUUUGUACAUAACCACAGAACCUGGUAUAGAAAACCAAACUUUGACAACACCAGAUUAUGUAAUGGAAAACCAAACUUUAAUAACCACAGAACCUGUUCUAGGAAAUCAAUCACUGACAACCACAAAACCUGGCAUAGAAAACCAAACGUUUACAACCACCGAGCCUGGUAUCGAAAACCAAACUUUGACAACCAGUGAACCUAGUGUAGAAAACCAAACUUUGACAACCAGUGAACCUAGUGUAGAAAACCAAACAUUGACAACAACUGAAACUAAUGUGGAAAAUCAAACUUUUGUCACAACCACUGAGCAUGGUAUGGAAAACCAAACUUUGACAACCACAGAACCUAGUACUGAAAACCAAACUUUGACAACCACAGAAGCAGGUAUUGAAAACCAAACUUUGACAACCACAGAACCUAGUAUUGAAACCCAAACUUUGACAACCACAGAGCCAAGUAUUGAAAACCAAACUUUGACAGCCACAGAGCCAGGUAUUGAAACCCAAACUUUUGUCACAACCACUGAGCAUAACAUUGGAAAUCACACGUUUUCAACAACCACCGAAACUGGUAAUGAAAACCAAUCAACCUCUUGGACCAACGACACAACCUUUGCAACCGCAGAGUCCUCCACUGAUGUUAACCAUACUAACUGGACGGUUUCUGUGGUAACGGAGCCUAAUUCUUCGUUUGGAAUGACCACAGACUCAAACUUCUCUGGAGAAACAACAAAAGCUACAACGCAUGCGUUAAGUACGUCGCACGCGAGCGCUAGCGCUUCUGCUUCUACGGUGGACGGUGGUGAGGGGGGCAGUACAACAAUAUCUUUAGAGCCACACAGUACCACCACACUCCCUGUAACUACUGCCACUGCUGCCUCAGUUAAUUUCACCGCAGAAGCGUCAAGCGAUGCAGUUCCAACUUCUUCCACAUCCUCCGUUUCUUCCCCUCUCCCUUCCUCCAGCGUAUCUGACUCAUCCAGCACAACGCUUUCCACUGCAGGUGUUUCCGAUUCACCGGGACCAACGCUUGCACCUACAACAGGUGCUCAAGUAACGUUUACACCGGGGGCAAAUCCAACUACACCUUCCAGUGCUUCGAAACAAUUCAAGUUCUCAGUAGUGUGUUUUGCUGCAAUUACACUCAUGAAUUUGCUUUUACGGAAGAAUUAAAGCAACUAUGUAGAAAAUAGAGAAAGUAUUAGACUUGAACACACGAAGGUUUCGCCAAUGAGGAGUCUGGGUUGCCAAUAAUGUGAUCAUCUUUAGAGUAACCACGAUUGAAAUGUACUCUAGACACGAUCACCUGUUUUUAGUCACGUAUUUUCAUUCAAUUAUUAAUGCAUAGAUAGUCAGAUUUAUCAAAUUCUUCUGUUCGGAGGUUAAAAUCUAGGGAAACCAUAAGAUGGCAGAAACCACCGAGCACACAUUGCCUCCUAGCAUGUAGUAAAAUUGUCUAAAUGUAUAGUUAUAUUUUUUAUCUUAAAAACUUGAAUAAUUUAAGAGUAUUUCUUUUCACACUUUCACUAUAGAAUGAUAUUAACACAUCUUAAGGUUAGACGACACGUUCCUCAAUUUUAUAUAACUUCUCUAGGAAUUUGUUGUUGAUUUACAACUUCUUUCACAAGCUUUCUUGCAAAAAUUAGAGUACCUUACCAGACUUUUGUGCAAGACACUAGAGUAUGCAAUUUCCCAUACAAUGUAUUAUCUUAUUGAAAAUACACCCGAACUGCUGCCAUAAGAUUUUUUUAGCAUAUAUAAAUUUAUAUUUGAAAUCUAAUAAUUUAAAAAAUGGUAAUAAAUAAUACCGGUAAUAAUUGUAUUUGUUAUAUUACUAUCAGUGGUAUUUUUUAUUUGGUAUAUUACUAAGUAUCAGACAGGCCGUUGAAAAUAUGAAAAUAAUUAUAAUUUUUCGAGGAACGUGUAGUCUGACCAUAAUUCAGUGUUUUGUUAUAUUGUAAUAUCUAAAACUGCUUGCAUAAAAGAACAUAAAUAAUUUCCGAAAAGAUAAGCAAGUUAUAGAAAAGGUCAUGUUAUAGGAAGGUAGAUUCGCGAAUAUCCUGCUGCAUGUGUACUAUAUAACGUUCUCUUUUUAGAGAUUACCAAUUACGGUAAAUAUAUAAGUAUAUUUAUCACGUUGUUUUCUAUUUUGAUACAAUUAUCAGCAGGGAGACGAAUUUUAUAUAAAUGUUUUAUAAUUUUAUAUUGUGUCUUUUCUGCUGACGCACAGAGUUGGGUGUGUUACGUGAAUUUUAAAUGUGUGGAAACCUUGCAUUAGUUAUAACAUACCAAAUGCAUGUUCAAAUCUCUAGUAUUUAAUGACUGGUUUUGACACCAUCGCAAAUUUUGGAGUAGCUCAUGGCCAGUUUAAAUAUUGAUUAUAAAAAUAAAGAACUUUUAAAAUAGUACAAACCAACUUUUUUGUUACACAUUAUUUACAGAAUAUACUUUUACAGUCAACUCUUAUCUGUUCAGGC